AUGGCGAACAGACCUGACAUUACGCUGUACACUGCGCAGACUCCUAAUGGAAUCAAGAUCUCCAUUGCGCUGGAGGAGCUGGGACUCCCAUACAAGGUGGAGAAGAUUGAGAUCUCCAAGAACACCCAAAAGGAACCCUGGUUCCUCGAAAUCAACCCCAAUGGCCGUAUCCCCGCCCUGACAGACACCUUCACCGACGGCCAGAAGAUCCGGCUCUUCGAGUCCGGCAGCAUCCUCACCUAUCUGGCCGAGCAGUACGACAAGGACCACAAGAUCUCCUACCCCAGGGGCACCCGCGAAUACUACGAGACAAUCAGCUGGCUGUACUUCCAGAACGCCGGCGUCGGACCCAUGCAGGGCCAGGCGAACCAUUUCAACCGCUACGCCCCCGAGCGCAUCCAGUACGGUGUGGACCGGUACAUCAACGAGACGCGCCGCCUCUACGGCGUGCUCGAUAAGCACCUCUCCACCUCCAAGUCCGGGUAUCUGGUCGGCGACCACGUUACCAUUGCGGACAUCUCGCACUGGGGCUGGGUGGCGGCCGCUGGUUGGGCUGGCGUGGAAAUUGAUGAGUUCCCGCACCUCAAGGCGUGGGAGGAGCGCAUGGCCGCGCGACCGGGUGUCGAGAAGGGCCGCCAUGUGCCUUCGCCGCAUACCAUGAAGGACCUGCUGAAGAACAAGGAGCAGAUGGAGAAGCAGGCGGCCGAGGCUAGGCAGUGGAUUCAGCAGGGUAUGAAGGCGGAUGCUGAGAAGGCGAAGCAUUGA